CACCGGAAGUGCUCGCUAAACUAGUCAGAGGCUGCAAAGUGCGUCACAUCGCUGAGCUGCAGCGAAUACACAGUAAAACCUAACACUCCGGUACCGACGGCUAUAGGUGUUAUUAUUUCUUCCUUUGGGAAUCCGACGUGUUUGUGGCACGAUGGUGAAGAUCGCUUUUAACCCGGCUUUGGCGCAGAAAGCUCUGGUCAAGGAGCCUGUCGUGAAGGACCCCGAACUCGCCACCGCUCCGGUGGGCAUCGCAGGCUCCACAGGUCGGUGUUUGGUUACAUUGCUAGGCAUAGCCUUCAUCCUCAGCGGACUCAUCGUCGGGGGAGCUUGUCUCUAUCGAUAUUUUACUCCAAAGAGGCUCUAUCACGGCACCAUGCAGUACAGUGACAUGUCAAGCAUUGGCGAUGCAGAGAGACAGCCGUACUAUCUCCCACGUGUUGAGGAAGAGGUGGAAAUUUCUGACAGCAUGGCCGUCAUUAGCGUCCCACCUCCCCGUUUCAGACCCGGAGACCCUGCUUACAUCCUCCAUGACUUCAACAGGAAGCUUACUGCAUAUUUGGACUUGACUCUGAAGACCUGCUUUGUGAUUCCACUGAACACAUCGGUUGUGUUGCCUCCUCAAGACCUCAUUGACCUCUUCUCACAGUUGAGGUCUGGCUGGUACCGCAGCUACCUGGUGCAAGAGGACCUUGUGGUAACCGAGCGCAUUGAUGACAUCAAGCCUUUGGGAUUCUAUAUCCGUAAACUGUGCACCGGCAAGGAAACGUACAGAAUGGAGCGCCGUGCCAGCCUACCAGGUGGAGGUAUUCAGAAGCGCGCCGCAGAGGAGUGUUUCACCUUCAAUCACUUUGAAAACAAGUUUGUGACCGAGACUCGGAUCUGCAAGGCGUGAUGUAAGAGCAGUGUGAUGGCGUGGAGUCUGAGUGACAGAGGUAGAUAAUGGGAGUAGGUGGCAGAGAAACUACCUUCAGAUGAGAGGUUACUGAUGUAUUUAGUCUCUUAUAAGUUGCAUUCCUUGUUUAGCUCCUAAUGGCUUGUGAUUUAGCCUCCUCUGCCUUUGCUAUAUUCCCUUCAACCUUUAUUGGUCCUAGCUUUCAAUUAUUAACCUGCUAGUCUUGUACUAAAAGCUACAUUCUCCAAUUAAGUGAGGAUUUACUUAUUUUUGUUUCCUCUUUUGUGUUGCUGUAACUUCCUCCAAACUCCUAGUUAUGCUUCUGUAUUUCACCAUCUCUAUUACAGCAGACCUGUGUGUGUUGGCAGCGUACAGCGUCACUGUAAGCGCACAUUCAGAAAGAGUUGUAAUGAGGCUUUUACACUCAUGUGAUGUACAGUAACAGUAUACUAUUGCAGGUAAUGUUAUGUUGUAGUACAAUAGCGUCCAUCACCUUGGAAAUGUUAUGUCGCAGUAGAAGUAGAAGCACAAAUCCAGAAGUCACUUCCCUCAAGUCUCUGCUGAAACUUUCUACUAUAUUUAUUUAUUGUAACUCCCUAUAAAAGCUGUGUGUUUAACCAUAUUUGUGUUAGAAAUCCCCACUGUUGAAGUGUAUUUUUUCUUUUAGUGAUACUUACAGUACUAUUUGUGUCAUGAAAUGGUGGUAAGAAAUUGAAAAUUGCAAAUGAGCCAUUUUUUAUCCCCAAAUAUCUAAUUUGUUUUGGAUUUAUUAGAAAUAUAUGGCUUCAUAAGGCUAAAAUAAGCACAAGCAAUAAGCAUUUUUAUUUCAAUUACCCUCAAAUGUGAUAGUUUGUUCUGUUCUCAAUUGUGUCAUACUUGAUGCGUGUCCUAAAGUAGUGUUGUGCUCAAGACCACAAUACCCGAGACCAAAACUUGCGUGCGACCAAGACUAGACAAAAAUUUGGGGCGGUCAAGAACAAGUCAAUACCAAGGCCGGCAAAAGAUAAGACCAAGACGAGCAGUGUCCUUGUCGAGACCGGUACUAUAAAAAUGUAAUUUGAAAACCACGGCAUGUGACCUAUAUGUGGUCGAGUCUCAUAACAAUGGCUUCUUCACCAAAAACAUGACAAAAAGUUACAUUCAUCACAGGGAUAUUGGCAGGUUAGAAACAUGAAAUCAAGCUAUUUUUUGUUCUACUAAGUGCUUCUUUAUUGUCAGAGACUGAGACAUAACCAAGACUUUUGGGAGUUGGGACCGAGACUGGUCUUGUUGCAUCACUAUCCGUAAGACAAUUGAAUGUGAGGUUUGCUUCAAAAUGUUUGCCCGUGUUUUAAACAAAACACACGACUAGAUUCCCUUGUACAGCCAUUAAACUGUCUGCACUUUGUUUGGUGAUUAAAAAAUGAAGAAUGGUGAUGUGAUAACUCAACAUUGUGCAAAUAAAGGAAUCAUUUUGGAAAGUGACACUAAGCGUUUUUAUCCCCUCUCAUGAGUGUUCGCUUUAUCGGUGAAGCCAGUUUAGGUAGGAUUUAUUUCAUGGUGGCAAUCUUAUGAAUUUGGUCUGCCUAUUACAUCAAACAGGCAAGUUAAAAAAACAAGA